UCCCGCAGCCGCGCCAGCGUCACCGGCAGGGCGCGCGCGCCGCGGCAGAGGCGGAGCGCAGCCGGCACUCCCGCGUCCCGCCGGGCCACGCGCGCGCUGCUCCUCCGCUCUAUGGUCAGCGUAGAGAUCCACGGCGGUGGCGGAUCAAUACUGGGACGGCGGCGGCCGUGGCGCCGUGGGGAACAUGGCGACGCUGGUGCUGGAUAACGGCGCCUACAACGCCAAGAUCGGCUACAGCCACGCGAACGUCAGCGUUAUUCCCAACUGUCAGUUCAGGUCAAAGACUGCACGCUUAAAAACCUUUACGGCAAAUCAACUGGAUGAAAUUAAGGAUCCUUCUGGUCUUUUUUAUAUUCUUCCCUUUCAGAAAGGUUACUUGGUGAACUGGGAUGUUCAGAGACAGGUUUGGGAUUAUCUCUUUGGAAAAGAAAUGUAUCAAGUGGAUUUUGUAGAUACCAAUAUUAUUAUUACCGAACCUUAUUUUAACUUCAGUUCAAUACAAGAAUCUAUGAAUGAAAUUCUAUUUGAAGAGUAUCAGUUUCAAGCAGUUCUUAGAGUAAAUGCCGGAGCCCUUAGUGCACACAGGUAUUUCCGGGAUAAUCCAUCUGAGCUGUGCUGUAUCAUCGUGGAUAGUGGAUACUCUUUUACUCACAUUGUACCUUACUGCAGAAGUAAAAAGAAGAAAGAGGCAAUCAUCAGGAUUAAUGUUGGAGGGAAACUCUUAACCAACCAUCUAAAGGAGAUAAUCUCUUACAGGCAGCUACAUGUUAUGGAUGAAACACAUGUAAUUAAUCAAGUGAAAGAAGAUGUGUGUUAUGUUUCUCAAGACUUUUACAAAGACAUGGACAUUGCCAAAUUGAAAGGAGAGGAAAAUACUGUAAUGGUAGAUUAUGUUUUGCCAGACUUCAGCACAAUCAAAAAGGGAUUUUGUAAGCCAAGGGAAGAGAUGGUGUUAAGUGGAAAAUACAAGACUGGUGAACAAAUACUUCGUCUAACAAAUGAAAGAUUUGCAGUUCCAGAAAUACUUUUCCAUCCUUCAGAUAUUGGUAUUCAAGAGAUGGGAAUUCCUGAAGCCAUUGUUUAUUCUAUUCAGAAUUUACCUGAAGAAAUGCAGCCUCAUUUCUUCAAGAACAUAGUUCUGACUGGGGGAAACACCCUUUUUCCGGGUUUCAGAGAUCGGGUUUAUUCUGAAGUUCGAUGUCUUACUCCAACUGACUACGAUGUUUCCGUUGUUCUUCCUGAAAACCCUAUUACUUAUUCUUGGGAAGGUGGGAAGCUCAUUUCUGAAAAUGAUGAUUUUGAAGACAUGAUAGUAACUAGAGAAGACUAUGAAGAACAUGGACACAAUAUCUGUGAAGAGAAAUUUGAUAUAUAGGUAGCAUAGCUGGAUAUGUUGUUAUUCCAUUGAUUGACUUAGAAUGGAAUUCCUUCAACUACAACCUCUUUUCCAUCAGCUAGGAUUGUGUUUUAGCUUUCCUGUAUUGAAUUGGGUUGAGAGAAAAUAAUUUUAAGAGUUUAGAAAUAGAGUUUUACAAGCGUAAUACUGUGAAAUAAUAUGUUCAUUGCGAUUUCAUUAUGUUUGUAUCUUUUCUGAUAGCUUCAUUGUAUUUUUAUUGCAGAACACCUCAGUGCAUGAGGCAAUAAAAUAUAAAAUGCUUAAACUGGUGUGAUGCUAAUACAUA